AUGGAGGUAAUGUGGGUGUGGUAUAACAGCCUAGUGUAUGGUGUUUAGAUCUUGUCUCGCGGUGAACGCCGCGUGCGUCCCUGCUCUCUUGUGAGCCGGUGUCAUGGCAACAUAACACCCUCAGCCUGCAGGACAGGUGUCCUGGAGGAGGCCGCACCUUUAAAAUGCCACGACGUGUGUUUUAUGUGAUGAGCUGACCACAAGCCACCAAAGGAGUUUUAGUUAAUUUGUUGCCGUUUUCACCACAAACGUCAGACCCAACCGUCCUCAGGUCAACACAGGGAUGAGCCAUAAGAAGAGAAACACUGCCAGUGGUGUGAUCACCUUCCACACACCAUUUUCUGCCAGCAUGUUCAAAUCAGAGGAGUGCAGAUCAGAUGUGAAGGACACUACAGAGAGCAGAAAGAACUCGUCACAGCCGAGUGCAAAGACGAGGAGCCCCAGAGAAUGUGUACGAGCAGAGAAAAGAGAGGAGGCCUCACCCUGUGGGCCACAGUCUCCAGCCAAACAGGACUGGCUCUCUCACACCUCCGUCAGACAACUGCAGGCAAAGAUGGAGGCUGAAAAUCAUCAGGUGCAAGAAAUAAUCCAACCUUUACUGGACACACAAAAUGGCUUUAUGAAGGAGUUGGAUAGGUUUCUGAGGGAGCGGGAUGUGUGUGAGCUGAGGAGGAAGGAGCUGCUGCACAAGCGCUGGACUGAGCGUGUAUGGUUUCCCCUCCAGAGGAAAGUGGAGGAACACGUGUCCAGCUGCAGCCCUGUGGCAGUCAAAAGGCGCCAGAACUUAUACAGUGCCUACCUCCAGCACUGCACAACCAAGGGCUUUGUGUUUCUAGACCACUAUGAUCCAAGGGAAUACAAUCCGUUUAGUCUCCCCAGCAACUUCAAGCUCAGUAAAGCGGACUUAAAGGACCCAUUGUACUGUCAGUUACAUGAAAGAGAGAAGGCAAGGGGAACGGCCCGUUCCUGUGAAGCAGGUUAUAAAUACACAAGGAGAAAAGAAGAGAAGAUACCUCAGGUCAGUCGUCCUCUCAGUGAGACAGUGACGUCUCAGGCUAACAAGCUGCUACAGGCCUCAUCUCUUCAUUGGGCCUCUGCAUCCAGAAACACUUCAGAUGAUAAGAGUGAAGGAAGCAAGUCCAGCAGGCUCGACACCACAUCAUACCACAUCAGUGCAACUGCCACACCAUUUGGAAGGUGCCAUCAGACCGGCUGCUGGCUCCCCAGAUGUGGACGCUGGCAACAACCAGCAAGUUUACAACAACUUCAGUCCUCGUUUACAUCCAAAUAAAAUCCAUUUUCAGCA